AUGGCCACCUUUUAUCCUCUCAUUAGAAAUGGUGGGUUCAUUAUUUCUAAUACUGCUAUCAUAUCUUCUUUAUUAUGUGUUUUGGGACGACCAGCCACUUUUGAGCAAGACUUUAGAGCCACGUGGUCUGAGUCUCAUAUCAGGCAUACUGAUCAAGGCAGAACAAUCCAACUCAUGCUCGACCGAAGCUCCGGAUGUGGGUUUGCUUCCAAGGUGAAGUACAUGUUUGGGCGUGUUAGCAUGAAGAUCAAACUCGUCCCUGGAGACUCUGCUGGCACCGUCACCGCAUUUUACAUGAAUUCUGAUACAGAUUCUGUUCGUGAUGAGCUGGACUUCGAGUUCUUGGGGAACAGGAGUGGACAGCCAUACACGGUUCAAACAAACGUAUAUGCUCAUGGAAAGGGUGAUAGAGAGCAAAGGGUCAACCUCUGGUUUGAUCCUUCUGCUGAUUUCCAUACCUACACUAUUCUCUGGAACCAUAAACAUAUUGUAUUUUCCGUGGACGAUUUCCCCAUCAGAGUAUACAAGAACAACGAAGCGAAAGGGGUGCCAUACCCAAAGAUGCAAGCCAUGGGAGUGUACUCAACACUAUGGGAAGCAGAUAACUGGGCAACAAGAGGUGGGUUAGAGAAAAUCGAUUGGAGCAAAGCACCCUUCAAUGCCUACUACAAAGACUUCGACAUUGAAGGGUGUUCAGUUCCGGGUCCGGCAAGCUGCGCCUCCAACCCGAGUAACUGGUGGGAAGGCGCAGCCUACCAAGAACUUAGUGCCAUUCAAGCAAGGAGGUACAGAUGGGUUCGUAUUAACCACGUUGUCUAUGACUAUUGUCAAGAUAAGUCAAGGUUCCCAGUCACCCCACCUGAGUGUCUUGCUGGCAUUUGAUUAACAUCAUAUCCCAUUUUAUUCAUACAAUAUUCAGUACAUAACACAUUAAAAAAAAGUGUAAUCAUACAUCAAUAUUUUAUAUACAGAAACUAUUAUUAUUAUUAUUAUUAUUGGAAAAAUGUUAUUUUCACA